AUUAUUUUAGCUCUUAAGCCAUUUAAUGUAGUAGAAAAUAAAGCUUUUCAAAAUAUAAUAAAAAAAUUAGAUCCAUUUUAUCAAGUUCCUAAAUGUAAAGCUAUUUAUAAUUUAGCUAUAAGUCAAUUUUAUGAACAAAAAAAUUUGAUAAAAAAUUAUCUUAGUAAUAUUAUAAAUAUAUUUCAAUUUAAAGGUUCUUAUACUAGAGAAAUUAUUGCUGAUAAAAUAUAUAAUUUACUUAAAGAAUUUGAAAUUGAAGCUAAAGUUAUUUUAUUAACUACUGAUAAUAAACAAUUUAAUAAAGCAACUAUUGAACUUUCAUCACAAUCUUAUCCAACAAUUACACAUACACAAAUAAUUUUAUUAGUUCUUAGAAAUGAUUUAAAACAAGAUAAGGGUGAAAACUUUCAAUUACAAUAUGUUGUUAAUACUAUGUUAUCUAAAUUUAUUGAAUAUUUUAAUUUAAUUACUGAAUCUUUACAUAUUUCUGCUUUUUUGAAUUCUAGAUAUAAAAAAUAUUGUUUUCCUUAUAUAAGUAUUGAAGAAAUUUUAACAUCAAUUAGAGAAAAAAUAGAUCAACAAUUACCUUUAAUAGUAACUAAACCUAAAAAAUUAUCAA